AUGAAUCCUUCAUUCUUCUUGAUUGCCCUUUACUUAGGAGUAGCUUCAGCUGCUCCAAAACUUGAUGGAAGUUUAGAGGCAGAAUGGCACCGGUGGAAGGCAACACAUGGAAAGCUAUAUGGCUCGAAUGAAGAAGGAUGGAGGAGGACAGUGUGGGAGAAGAAUAUGAAAAUGAUUGACCUGCACAACCAAGAAUACAACCUAGGGAGACAGAGCUUCACCUUGGCAAUGAAUGCUUUUGGUGACAUGACCAAUGAAGAAUUCACACAGGUGAUGAAUGGCCAUCAAAACCAGAAGUGCAAGAAAAGGAGAGUGUUCCGGGAACCUUACGUUGCUGAAAUCCCCACAACGGUGGAUUGGCGAAAAGAAGGCUAUGUAACUCCCGUGAAGAACCAGGGUCACUGUGGUUCUUGUUGGGCAUUUAGUGCAACUGGUGCCCUUGAGGGACAGAUGUUCCGGAAAACUGGCAAACUUAUCUCCCUGAGUGAGCAGAACCUUGUGGACUGCUCUCAGGCUCAAGGCAAUGAGGGCUGCAAUGGUGGCCUAAUGGAUAAUGCUUUCCAGUAUGUGAAGUCCAACGGGGGCCUGGACUCAGAGGAGUCCUAUCCAUAUCAAGCAAAGGUUGGACCCUGCAGAUACAGGCCCGAGGACUCUGUUGCCAAUGACACCGGCUUCGUGGACGUUCCUGGGCAGGAGAGUGCCCUCAUGAAGGCAGUGGCAACUGUGGGGCCCAUCUCGGUGGCUAUAGAUGCAAGCCAUUUUAGCUUCCAGUUCUAUGAAGAUGGCAUUUAUUAUGAGCGGCGCUGCAGCAGCGUGGAUCUAGAUCAUGGCGUUCUGGUGGUUGGCUAUGGCUUUGAAGGAGAAGAUUCAAGUAACAAUAAAUAUUGGAUUGUCAAGAACAGCUGGGGUGAAACUUGGGGCAAGAAUGGCUACAUAAAGAUGGCCAAGGACCGGGACAACCACUGUGGAAUCGCCACCGCGGCCAGCUAUCCUACUGUGUGAGAUGAUGGUGAUAAGGAAAGACUUGAUGGAGAGCAGGAUAUCCAGAGGAGGAAUUCUUAUCUUAAAACUGACCACAUUUCACUUAAUGGAAUACAACACUUGAAUCUUGAAGCUCCAAACUGUGAUUUGCAUUCUGUGAAGUUUUAUAUUGGUUAAAAUGUUACCACUUCCUUUAGAAGGAUGUAUAAAUUUUUACUUUUUAAAAU